UCAUUCAGAAACCUGAGGGUGCAUGGUGAAGGCAAGGAUCAAGGCAAACAUCAGUGUUCUACUACCUUCACUUUUUGCCCUUCCCUCUCAACAUGGGUUACUUACCUAUCACCAUUACUUUCAUCUCUUUCAUUUUUCUCUUCCUAACUCGCUACAACCAACUCGUUCAUGCCGAUUCACCAACUCUUGUUCCCCCUUACUCUUGUGAUAUCACCAACCCACUUACAAAAUCCUAUACUUUCUGCAAUCUCAACCUUACCACCAUUCAGAGAGCUAAAGACAUUGUGUCACGGCUUACAUUAGAUGAGAAACUUGCUCAACUCGUUAAUACAGCUCCUGCCAUUCCUCGACUCGGUAUACAUAGUUACCAAUGGUGGAGUGAAGCGUUGCACGGUGUUGCAGAUUAUGGUAAAGGGAUAAGAUUGAAUGGGAAUGUAACUAUUAAAGCUGCAACUAUUUUCCCUCAAGUUAUUCUCACUGCUGCUUCUUUUGAUUCCAAACUUUGGUACCGGAUCAGUAAGGUGAUUGGAACCGAAGCAAGGGCAGUGUACAAUGCUGGACAAGCAGAGGGGAUGACAUUUUGGGCACCAAACAUAAACAUAUUUAGGGACCCAAGAUGGGGAAGAGGGCAAGAGACAGCUGGUGAAGAUCCUUUGGUAAGUGCAAAGUAUGCUGUUUCCUUUGUGAGAGGUCUUCAAGGUGAUUCCUUUGAAGGUGGGAAACUUAAUGAAGAUCGUCUUAAAGCUUCUGCUUGUUGUAAACACUUUACUGCCUAUGAUUUGGAUAAUUGGAAAGGUGUGGAUCGUUUUGACUUUGAUGCCAAUGUCACUUUGCAAGAUUUGGCAGAUACGUAUCAACCCCCAUUUCAUAGUUGCAUAGUACAAGGACGGUCUAGUGGAAUAAUGUGUGCUUACAACCGUGUCAAUGGAAUUCCAAACUGUGCAGAUUACAAUUUGUUAACCAAUACAGCAAGGAAAAAAUGGAAUUUCAAUGGGUAUAUUACGUCGGAUUGUUCAGCAGUAGAUAUCAUACAUGAUAGGCAAGGUUAUGCAAAAGCACCAGAGGAUGCUGUAGCAGAUGUACUUCAAGCUGGAAUGGAUGUAGAAUGUGGUGAUUACUUCACAAGUCAUUCCAAAUCAGCAGUGUUACAAAAAAAAGUACCAAUAUCUCAAAUCGACCGUGCCCUACACAAUCUAUUCUCCAUUAGAAUAAGGCUAGGAUUAUUUGAUGGACAUCCAACCAAACUGAAAUAUGGUAAAAUUGGUCCAAAUAGAGUAUGUUCAAAACAAAACCUAAACAUAGCUCUAGAAGCUGCAAGAAGCGGCAUUGUACUUUUAAAAAACGCUGCCUCAAUUCUCCCACUUCCAAAAUCGACAGAUUCCAUUGUAGUUAUAGGCCCGAAUGCCAAUUCUUCAUCACAAGUUGUUCUAGGAAAUUAUUUUGGCCGUCCUUGUAAUUUGGUAACAAUAUUACAAGGCUUUGAGAACUAUUCUGAUAACUUGUUGUAUCAUCCUGGAUGUAGCGAUGGAACAAAGUGUGUUUCAGCUGAAAUUGACAGAGCUGUUGAAGUUGCUAAAGUAGUUGAUUAUGUUGUGUUGGUUAUGGGAUUGGAUCAAAGUCAAGAGAGUGAAGGACAUGAUAGAGAUGACUUAGAGUUGCCAGGGAAACAACAGGAACUUAUUAAUAGUGUUGCUAAAGCGUCUAAAAGACCGGUUAUUUUGGUACUUUUCUGUGGUGGCCCUGUUGAUAUUUCUUUUGCUAAGGUUGAUGACAAAAUUGGAGGGAUUUUGUGGGCUGGUUAUCCUGGUGAACUUGGUGGAAUGGCUCUGGCUCAGGUUGUGUUUGGUGACUAUAACCCUGGGGGGAGACUACCAAUGACAUGGUACCCAAAAGAUUUCAUCAAAAUACCAAUGACAGACAUGAGAAUGAGAGCUGAUCCAUCAUCAGGCUAUCCCGGUAGAACCUACCGUUUCUACACAGGUCCAAAGGUCUACGAAUUCGGCUAUGGUCUAAGCUACUCAAAUUAUUCCUACAACUUCAUUUCCGUCAAAAAUAACAACCUUCACAUCAACCAAUCAACCACUUAUUCAAUACUCGAAAAAUCUCAAACAAUCCAUUACAAACUUGUUUCGGAGUUAGGGAAGAAAGCAUGUAAAACCAUGUCAAUUUCUGUAACAUUGGGAAUUACAAAUACUGGAAGCAUGGCUGGGAAACAUCCUGUGUUGCUGUUUGUGAAACCAAAGAAAGGUAGAAAUGGAAAUCCAGUAAAACAGUUGGUAGGGUUUGAGAGUGUGACGGUAGAAGGGGGUGGAAAAGGUGAAGUUGGAUUUGAAGUUAGUGUUUGUGAGCAUCUUAGUAGAGCAAAUGAGAGUGGUGUUAAGGUGAUUGAAGAAGGUGGUUAUUUGUUUCUUGUGGGAGAGUUAGAGUACUCAAUAAAUAUCACUCUUUGAUGAAUUGAUGAAAUGUAUUGAGUUUUCGAUCAAUAAAUAAGAAAAACUAGCUAGCUAUUGAAGUGAUUUGUUCUAU